AUGGCAGCAUGUCCUCCUGCGAGAUUUUCCAGAUUUGUUGCGGGCUUACGCUUUGAGCAACUUCUGGAGUUUGAUGAGGGCGAUGUGGGAUUGGGCGGAGGCAUCCAGAUUCGUGAGCCUGCGAAUUUGAACCCGACAUCAGAUGACAUCAUUCUACGUUUUGGAGGCACAAGCUCUCCUGACAUGCAGUGGCCAGAAGAGGAGUUGGAAACGGAUCGGUAUGCAAGAAUCAAAUUCUUGCUCGCACAGCUGAACAAAAAGCCGGACAAACACAGGACUGGAGCAGAUUCUGCAACCAGCGGCGGAUUCACCGACAGCAG